CAAUGAUCCCGGAUCAGUGGAUCUAUGUCGCAAGUCAUUCCUCGGCAUUCGCUUUUUGAACGACGAGGCGCCAACUCUGUGCCACGUCGCGUCUUCUCAGGAAAUGCAGGAAACAUCCAUAGAAUACUCGCUCGAGCGAACUCGUGAAUACACGCGCACGUGCACGCGAGCGAACCAGAGUUCACGCGCUAAGAUGCGUGAUAUUGGCUAUGUUCCGAUUCAUGCGACUUGCACGCUCGUGAACGCCGCUCGUCCUCGUUUAAUAUUUGUUAGACAACGAGGGUGAAAACGAUUCUAUGAGCGAUGCGAGCGAUGAAUCGGAACAUAGCUACGCGUGCACGCACGAUAGGCGAGGUGGGUUCAAAUUUCGAACGUGCCUCGUCCCUCAACCCGCGUCACGUGAUCGGCAUCUCGCGUUGACAUGCGACGAGCGCGCAAUUGCGGCCGCUCGAGGCGCGAUGCAGCGCGGAGCGCGAAGCACUGCACGCUUGGGCACGGUACAUCGUCAUCGUCAUCGUCAUCGGCAUCGGCAUCGACAUCGGCUGACUCUCAGCCGUCGUCGCGCGUUAUCGAGCGAGAACUAGCACACUCCUUAUGACAAGCGCUCGUUGCCCGGCGGAUCGUACGAGUCGCCCUAGAUGCAAUACACGCUCCUGAGAACUGAAAAUGAAGAAGAGCACGAUAAUGAAUUGGCAUCCUACCAGAAGAAAACCACUAGCCAGCCGGGAAAGAAAUAUUUUACUAUGCUAGUAGUGCUUGGUACAUUGUUCCUAGGUUACAUAGCCAUAGCAAAUGACUUAAAACCUAUCAAGAUAGGUAGCAAAGCUAUAGAUACUCUAGCGCUCUCAUUUAAUUUACAAAAACCGUUCUACGUGGUUGUCAUUGAUGCUGGAUCUACUGGGAGUCGCGUAUUGGCAUUCGGUUUUCACGAGUCAUUUCUCAAUGGCAAUUUAGUAUUGGAUAAUGAAUUGUUUAAAGAAGUAAAACCUGGAUUGAGCUCGUUUGCCAAUAAACCAGAGGAAGCCGCAAAAUCUCUGACUGUACUUUUGAAUGAAGCGAAAACUGUGAUUCCGCAAUCUGAAUGGCCUCGUACAUUGCUAACUAUGAAAGCCACGGCAGGACUAAGAUUGUUGCCCGAGCAUAAAGCAAAUGGCAUAUUGGAGGAGUGCAGAAAGUUGUUCCAGACGUCCGGAUUUCAGAUCGCGAGAAAUUCUAUCUCCAUAAUGGAAGGCACGGACGAGGGAAUUUUCUCCUGGUUCACUGUCAACUUUUUGUUGGAUCGUUUUAACUCGCUCAGCUCGCAGACUACCGUAGCCGCAUUAGAUCUCGGCGGUGGCUCAACGCAAGUCACGUUUCAACCAGACAACGCUCAGGCCAAAAAGUUGGAGAAACACGUUUACUCAAUUAAUGUAUUCAAUCAUAACAUGAGUUUAUAUACGCACAGUUACUUAGGAAUGGGUCUAAUGGCUGCCAGAAAAGCAAUUUUGACUUAUGACAUGAAUCUCGAGGACACGAAUCUUAAAAUUCCCAUAGAAAUACAUUCUGAAUGUAUCAAUCCGAUUGUAUCUGCUGAAUGGUCUUAUGGUGGACGUGAUUACAUUGUGAAAGGUCCCACAAAUGGCACGUACAAAUUAGUGAAGACUCAAAAUUUUGCCGGUGGAGAUGAAAACAAGCCGAUUGUACGCUUUGCAGAAUGUUUAAAAAUUAUUGAAAAGUACGUUAAUACUCUCACAGAAAAACCGAUAGGUUUGAAGGAUCAUGAAGUGUACGCGUUUUCGUAUUAUUUUGAACGUGCGACAGAGGUAGCGUUAAUAGAUCCAUUUUUGGGUGGGAUAGUACAAUUAAGUUCAUUUUUGAAGCAAGCUAUGGAAACGUGCGAUUAUCCAAACACAGAUCAGCCAUUUAUGUGUUUAGAUCUGACAUUUAUUUACGUUCUACUAAAAGAUGGAUUUGGGUUAGAAUCGUCGACUAAGUUAUAUCUUUAUAAGAAGAUUAAUGGCCAUGAAUUAAGUUGGGCACUAGGAGCCGCAUUCAAUGUUCUCCAAAAUGGACUUUGACAUUAUUUUAUCGUUAUUUUAUUAAUAAAUGAGUUUUUAGAUUUAUGUUUUUAUUGAAAAGACAAAAUGGGAAAAAUGUAAUCAGGGAAAGGAUGCAAAAAUAAUUUGUAUUAACAAAACUUAAUGUUUUUUGUACAAAAACUUUGAAUUUGGCGAAAUAUUUGAUAAUUAUCAACGUUCGCUGCACAAAUGCCUAAUCGUACAAUCUACUUAUUAUCACUCCUACGAAAAGAAAGCAGUAUUUGACGUAUAUUUUUAGGUAUAAUACAUUUUUUAUCUGAAAUAUAUCAUUAAAAAUUAAAACGGAGAACAUAUCGCCGCACGUUUGUAAUACAUUCUUAUAAGAUUUACGUGUUAUUUCAAUAUGUAUUGUUUAAUGAUUUCUGUAAUUUGUUACAUUCGGUUUUUAAUUUUCUGGCAAUGUUUCAAUAAUGACAAACGAUGCGCAUGAAGAUUUAUCUCACAAAAUAGUAAGCACAAGUUGAUAGGAUAUUAAAGUCAAUCAUUCUUUAAAAUCAGACAUCUGUUCCUAUUUUUUCUUUUAGCAUUCCCAUUCCUUCUUUUUGAUAAAUGAUGGUAACAAAUUCUACGAUAAAGCUACCAAGUUUGCGACUCUGGCACUAAUGUAUUCGCAAUAUCAAUCAAUGAUAAAAUUCAUUCGCGUUAGUCAUUGUAUAAAAUUAUACGUUAAAAUUAAAAUGCAACUCACCAUGGAAAAUUGUUGAGUUCAUACGAAUGUAUUUUUGUGGCGACAUAUCUGCUAUAAGAUUGUCAAACGAAAAAUUACAGGAAGAAAAAAACGAAAUCUGUGAACAUAUCUCGAUGCACAAAAACUGCAAUUAUCACCAUGAAGUCGUAAAGUACAAAUAGAUUUAUUAACGAUGCUAUUAACUAUCUGUUAAAGUAUGCCAACGAUGUACAUAACAUUCGAUUUUUAUAUGUAUCGCUGCAUUGCGACAUUUUAUGAAAUUUUCUUCAUUGUUCUAAGAUCUUAUAAUUCCUCGAUUAUUGUUUAUGUGUCCAGCAGCAUGAUGAAUUAUGUACACAUAUGUGUAUAAAUGGUAAAUUGUUAAAAUAAUUGGCACGAGCCAACAUUCUAUUCUCUGCUGUCAUAAAAAUGAGGACACAAUUUGCGUAUAUGUAACAUGUGUAUAUAGUGCCUUUAAACUGUUGUUUUUAAAUAAAGCAAACGUAAGU